AUGGCGGCGGCGGCGGUCCCGGGGCCGCUGGGCCCCGCGGCGGGAGCCGGCGCCCCGAGCUCGGGCGGCACGGCGCCCGGGCCGCAGGGGGUGCUCAUCGGGGACCGGCUGUACUCGGGCGUGCUCAUCACGCUGGAGAACUGCCUUCUGCCUGACGAGAAGCUCCGCUUCACGCCGUCCAUGUCGAGCGGGCUGGACACCGACACGGAGACCGACCUCCGCGUGGUGGGCUGCGAGCUCAUCCAGGCGGCCGGCAUCCUGCUCCGCCUGCCGCAGGUGGCCAUGGCUACCGGGCAAGUGUUGUUCCAGCGCUUCUUCUACACCAAGUCCUUCGUGAAGCACUCCAUGGAGCACGUGUCCAUGGCCUGUGUCCACCUGGCCUCCAAGAUCGAGGAGGCGCCGCGGCGCAUCCGGGACGUCAUCAACGUGUUCCACCGCCUGCGGCAGCUGCGGGCAGAGAAGAAGCCCGCGCCUCUGCUGCUGGACCAAGACUACGUCAACCUGAAGAACCAGAUCAUCAAGGCCGAGAGACGGGUUCUGAAGGAGCUGGGUUUCUGCGUCCACGUGAAGCACCCUCACAAGAUCAUCGUUCUGUACCUUCAGGUGCUAGAGUGCGAGCGCAGCCAGCACCUGGUCCAGACCUCAUGGGUAGCCUCUGAGGGUAAGUGACUAAGACUUCUCCUGUGCUGUCCAAGCGCUUUGGUGCAGGGACAGCGGCGACGUCAGGCUGUCCAGCGGAGGCUGCUCUAGACUGGCGGUACGCGCGGUAGUGGCCACGGCCGGCGCUGCUGCUGGCCCUCACGAUUGUGCUCCUUGCUAACCCUCUCGAGCUUUGGUAACCGUAUCCGUAGAGCUGGUAAAUGCACAUGGAAGAUGCCGUGCCUUCUGGGGCACAGCGAGGGCGGGGGCUGGGCUGUGGGGCCGUCUCUAGAGCUGACGCAUUCUUAGAAAAGGUGUGCGUCUAAGUUCCACGGACACUCGACUGUGGGAACUUACUCCAAACGUGGCAGUGACUUACGUAAUUUGAGGACUUUGUUGUUGAACUUAAUGUUAAUGGAUUGACGUCGCAGCCCUGAGUGCUGAGGGCUGGCUAGAAGGCUGCCGGGCUGCCGGGCUGCCCUGCCAGAGGCGUCUGUAGAAUCCAGAAUUUACCCGUCCCUGGGGGUCUGGGUGGGUUUGUCUGCUGCCCUCUCCUGGGCUUAUUUGGGGUGGGGUGGGGGUGGGGGCCGGAAGUCCGUCAGGGCGCAGCCUGACUUGUGUGCCCCCGGGGUGCGGCCGAUUCCCGGGCUCACUGCCGCUUAUGGCCUUUCGAGUGUUCUCAUGGGAUUGUUUGUGUCACAACGCUGAUGAAACCAGUUUAAAUCUGAUUUUAAUCUAUUAAAUCUUAGAGAAAUGUAGUUUCUUACAUAUUAGAGAAGUAAUGUAUGUAAAGGAGAACGUUACAAAUAUUGAUGGUUUUUAAAUGUUUUAACAUUUUGAAAAAUGUAAAGUUUGUAUCUAUAUCUCUUCUGAAGUAUGAUAAAAUUUUAAAGAUGUUCUUACGGUGAUGAAACGGAGUAUUUUGUUGCUUCUGUCUGAUUCUGUGAAUGUUCAUUUUAAGACUCCUUAUUGAAUGGGGACAGUUUGGAAACGGCUGUCUAAGCCCGAGAAGAGGACGCCCCUUUGGGCACUGGCUUCCUCUGCAUGGCACCCCUGGCCCCGCCUUGCGCCCAGGGGAACUGUCCCCGGUGCCCGUGGACUCCCUCGUGGAAGUAGCAGCUCAGUUGCCCAGAGAAGGACCAGGCCUCGGGCACUCUCGGACGAGCAGGACGCAGGAGGACGGCGCAUCUCCCGGCAGCCUCGUGGCCGCGGCUCAGCCGGUCCAUUUGAGUUUGCAUGUCUCUGCACCGUGGAUGUUGAGCGUUUGGAUCCUUUAAUCAGUGCAUUCCGACUGCUGCAGGAGGCUGCUCUGAGGCCGUGUGCGUUGCAUGGAGCAGGCCAGAGCUGAGGGAAAGUCAAGUUGAAGUCGGUUCUCUUCAUAGCAACUCGCCUGACAUUCAGCCAGCUUUUUCCCCCAGUAAUAUGUCCUCCUGUCUGCGUAGGAAGCAGCUAGGAUGUCCUUGGGUAGCCUCACGCCCCAGGCCUGUAGCUCUAGGCUGUAGGAGCAGUGGAGGGAGCAGCAGGGCCGUGGGAGGCGUGGCUGGAGCUGGGGCUGGGGCUGUGCGCUGCAGCUCCUCCUCCCUUGGU